AGAUGAGACUGGAUGAGAGGGUGUGGCCAAACACUCUCCUAAUCCAGAAUGAUCCUGUGAGUCAACCUUAGAGCCAGAUUAAUGUACCAGUACCUCAGUGUCUGUGGGACAGACGGGAUAUAAACAGAGGCCAAAACCAGCUGCUGGAUCUUUCAGUCUUGUAAACACUGAAAUUUAAAACUCUCCUUUUGCUUCUACUGGAUUAUUAUUAUUAUUAGUGGGACAACAGUGAGACACAUGGCGCUGCUGAGGUCAGGCUGGCUGUGGAGACAGACUUCUGUCCUAAGACGCUGGAAGUUAAACUGGUGUGACCUUUGGGUAGAUGGGAGUCUCUGCUUCUACAAGACCGACAGCAGGCGAGAGCUGGAGCACCGCGUCAGCCUCAAACUAGCAUGUGUAGACGUGAGAUCUGGCCUGGAAUGUGGAGAUGUGGCUCCACCAGAGAGUAAUCCCAGACAGAAUCUCAUUGUGAUUCAGCUUAAAGACGGCUCAACAGUCAACCUGUGUGCCAACAGUGAGGAUGAAUCCAUAGCGUGGAAACUGACUCUGCUAGAGACCAGGAGAAACCCGGCGUUCACAUACGACCCAUACGAUGACUCCUACCAGGCAAUCCCCAUCAACAGCUACCAAACAGUCUACAUCACACCUGGAGCUGGACCAGGAACCCACCAGGUGAUUGUUCAGAGGGACCCGUUUGAUGGAGUGAUGGAGAACAUAGCGCUGGGGUUACUGGCAGGCAUGGCAGCAGGGACAGCCAUGCGAUCCUUCCUCUGGAUGCCCUUCCUUUUCUGCUGAGAUGAUCUCUGUUACUGACCCGACAACACUGUGACGCUGGGACACUGGGACGCUGGGACGCUGGCAUCAGCAUGUGUAGAGAGGCUCUUUCCCUCCCUUUUGCCCCAUCUCUUCCGAUCACGUCUGCUGAAACAAACUGCUGCUCUUCUGGCUGUUCACUUUUGACUUGUGUGCACUUUUGCAUAUAAGACUUAAGAAGCUGAGAAUGCUGCUAUGUAAUUACAUGUUCUGUUUGUAUAUACAGCACACUGUGUACUCAUGAGCAUUUGUAAAUGUCAGGAAGUCCAUUUUGUAUCUGAAUGUUCUUUUACCUGCCGCAUGAAUUUUACACUCUGCCAGCUUAUACAUGUGUAGUUUGUAAGAUGUGUAGUCUGUAAACUGAAGUAUAAAAAUAAACUUAGAAGGUGA